AUGAUGAACGGCAGCAGCAAGUCCUCUACCACAGAGCCUAGCGGUCCUGUCAAGGGUGACGGCACAUACACGAGUACCACGGUCUUGCCGUGGGACUCUCUUUGCGAAGACAUCAUUGGUGCGUACAAGGCCGGGCAGGACAUUGUUGUGCUGCAACGCUUCGAGGAGCUGCAGGCGAUGCCGGAACUCGACGCACUCGUCAGCGCUCAGCCACCUGACACUGCGACAGGUAGCAGUAGUACUCCAGAAGAGGAAGCUGCUGCUCUGGAGAAAGUGGAGUUUUGCUGGGGACGCGCGCUCCUCGCAGCGAAGCGGAUCGCUGGCGGUGACGAUGAGCACAUCGUGACUAUUGUGGAGAGUUUCGAAGAGCGCUUUGAGCGGGCGUCGGAUUACCUGCGCGUUCUCGCCAUCACAGCCGACAGUGCACUAGAGGUGUUGCGUAUCCACCAGCUGGUUGAGGGCCACGUGUCGACGGAUGCUGUCACCGCCGCGCUGCACAAAUUCCCUACUCUCGACGCCGACGAGAUGCGGGAGUUAAUUGCAUUCCUGCAGCAGAAUGACGUUGCGCUCACAAAAAAAGUGGCGGAGCAGCUGGAGAAGCGCUACGUGAUGCGAAUGAAGUCAGAGGACGCGGAGGAUGUCUUUCGCGAGAUGCUUGCAGCAGGUGUGGAGCCGGUGUCGACGCGUCCGUACAACUUCAUCUUCAUGAAGUCGGGCCCGUUCAAGUAUAUGGGAUUACUCAACUACUACGAGGACAUGCUUGACCGCGGCAUCGUGCCAGAGAACUCUACGUUCCGCAUCCUCAGCAAGCAGACGCAGAACGACGGUGUUGCAAACCAGCAUUUUAGCUCCCUUGCGUGGGGAAACAUGGCGCCACACCGCCGCCACGACGAGGACACGCGCGGCGGUACACAAGCAUUCUUUUCACUUCGCCUCGAGGAACUCGCGAGGACAAAGCCAGAAACCUCGCUAGAUACCGCGCUGCAGGUUUUUCGCCGCAUGGAGGUGGAGGGCACACCGUUGACGAACGGGUCCCCUGUGCUGAGUGUGCUGCUGAGGCUGUUCUGUCGCCAGGGCCACCCAGAGGACACGAAGUUGGUGCUGCGCCUUACUCAGGAGCGCGGCUGCCGCCCAACGAGUGUUACACUGCAAAAGUUGCUGAAGAGUCGAAGUCCAGACCGCUUUAACCAAGCGGAAAUUGUUCUACAGAGGGUAGCGGAAUCGGGGGAGGUACUUCAGGUGGACUGCGUAGAUCUCCUACGUCACUUUGUGGUAAAUAACGUGCGCGGCAAGGCUGUGCGUGUGUUUAGCGCCUUCGUUGUGCAAGGGUACCGCCACCCGAAUGAACCUGUUCCUUUUGCCAUUGCGUCCAUGGCAAUGAAGUUGGGCCCGUUUGACUGGGCGCUGGGCGUUUUGGCCUUGCUGCUGGCCUCAGUCGACAAGCCGCUCGGUAGAGGUGUACAGUCAAGGAUGCGCUACGCCGCGCAUGAUAGUCGCAGCCGGGAAGUUCUUGCGGUACUGGAGAGGUGCGAUUGGAAGCGCGAGCGUCUCCUGUUGGCGGACGAGCUUCAGGACCAUGCCAGCGGCAACAGGGAUAAUAACAGUAACAAUAGCAACGGGGUAAAUGGGGGUGAUGCCACACGGGCGGGGCCCAACAUCCACUCGCGUCUCGAUGGUGGCCCAACGUGGUUGAGUUCAAUGCACGUUGCGUUAAAAGAGAUGGGUGUGGAGCAUGAGGUAAUUGAAUCAUACAAAACGGCGCUCGUAGGGGCGAUUGAGAAGGCGAAGAGGCACCACACCACAGUUUAG